CCGGGAUGGAAGGACGGUGGUGAACGUGAAAAGUUACAGAUAAAACACAUAAAAAAGGAGAUACAGAAAAACCUCACUAGGCGAAGAGGCCAAAGUCGCUCGUCGCCCCACAACAGACAUGAGGAUUCGCAAGACAAUAGCGACAUUAAUCACAGACGUGGUUCGGUUGCUGGAAUGCUAAACCCGGUUUUCUUCGCCUCUGCACAAAUAGACGAAAACAACUCCAUUGACGCGGGCAAAGGGAUGCCGGAGAGAAUAUCCAGCUAUCGUAAAGCCGAGUUACUCAUGCACUACAUGGAUUAUGUGUUCCCUCUGCAGUUUCGUUUCCACACCCCUGACGUGAACGGCCGGGGAUGGUUGUUAUGGCUACUCGUUAAAACCGGACCAUUGUAUCAUGCAGCCCUCAGUUUGAGUGCCCUUCACCAAUCUAUAUACUUUCCUAAUGUGUUUGGUAAUGCAUACGCGGAAUUGGCUGGAUAUCACACCAAAGCCCUGCGCGAUUUACAAGAAUUUCUGCAGCACCUUCGAAUAAACGAUCAUAGAGACGAGAAGAGCCGAUUGAUGGAAGUCAUGUCAUGUGGUGUCUCAUUAAUUAGCUUUGAGCUCUUCCAAGGUGGUGUUAGUGACUGGCAGUUACAUCUCGAUGCUUUGAUUUCAAUUAUUACAAGUAGAAGCUCUUCUGCUGUUAUCCAACUAUUGACUGAAACACGACAAAAGCCAGACAGUCGAAAUACACCAUUGGAUUGGCAACAUACUGCACUAUCAUUUCUCAUCGCUACGAUUAUGUGGUUUGAUCUACUUGCAUGUGCUUCAACGGGAAAAGCACCGCGGAUGCCAUAUGAGUUUCUGUUGGACGAGAAUAUUGUCGACAUGUCUAAUUAUAUGGGUGUACAGAACUGGGUAAUGAGAGCUAUUGGAGACAUCGCCGCUCUUGACGUGUGGAAGAACAAUGUUCAAGAUGAUGAUUCUUCUAGCCAUUCCGACUUGGUGUCGCGCGGUCGAGUAAUCGAGCAGCAACUCGAGCGAGGACUACAGGAUCUCGACUCUUCCCCUUUGGAAAGCUAUUCAACCACCAUGCCCGGUCCAUUCAAGAGACUGAACAAAGUAAAAAAUGUGACUCGCUCGUUCGCGACCGCUGCACUUGUUUAUCUACGAGUUGUAUUACUUGGACUUGGUCACGAUUCGGAUACAAUACAAGACGCAGUUUCGAGAAAUGUAACGUCUAUGAAGAGAAUCACCUACCAGCAGGACAUGCGUGGUAUGGUCUGGCCUAUUUGCAUUUCAGGCUCCAUGGCCGAAACAACGCACCAGCCAUUUUAUGAAGCUAUCGUUAAAGAAGCACUCGGUGAUUCACCGCGCGACUUUGGGAAUUGUGCUACUAUUUUAAAAAUUUUAACUCGAUCCUGGGAAAUACGUCGACUGGACCAGAGCCGGUCUGUUGGCUGGAGGGAUGUUAUGACGGAAAUAGGCAUUUGCUUGCUCGUUUAA